CAAUCAUGCUAUGUAUCUGAUCCAAGAAUCAGCAAUCACAGUAUUGCUUUGGGAUACACAGUGCAUGAUUGUUCUUGCAUGUGCAGUACAAAGCUACCAAACAUCGCCACGCCAUCACUCAACUUCGAUCAGCAUCCGGGUCUAGUCGUCGCGGGUAGCGAAGUCGCGCUCGUCUAUCACCAAAAUAGUACUCUGCAGCCCAGUCUUCGCCCUGAUCCCGUAAUUGUAAGCAGCCGGUACACGCAGUACCGUUUGCUUGUACUUCCCAAUCGAGAGGGCGAUAUCCUGCCUCCCGUGGGUGAAAGACUGAAAGAUUUGAGAUGCCCAAAGUCGAGAUAAAAGAUCGCGAUGGUAAAAAUUCCAGUCAAUUGUGAACACUCUCAGAUCAGUUUGGAAGAGAGAUGACCACCACUCGACGUGUCGAGAGCUCGUAUCGGGAGGCCGCGGGUGUGACUGUCGUCGCUAGAAUAUCAGGACUACUCGUAUGCGUGAUCGUACCAGCUCUCAGCGGACGAAAGGUCAACUUUGCUGUUCAUAUUGUAGAUGCAUUGUGACAAUUCUGUUUGACGGGUGCACCCUGUGGAGCGCAGAUGUACGACCAAAGGGCCGACAGCGGUAGACUCGCAAGUGUAUCGCGGGAUGCCUCAUCGCGAAGUGCUUUGCGCAUGACAGGCGAGAAGGUGUUACUCACUGAGAUCCAAUCAGCCCUCGAAGCCCAAUCCUCUUUUCAGACAUACGCUCAACCCGCAUCCAGCCCAGUCUCAGUCCUUCUUGAAGAUCCCCAGCUCCCCAGCCGCAUCGCCUCGCCCAGCAACGACCACUCCCUCUGUAUUUCUCCAUACCCAUAUCUCAUCUUCCCCCCUCUCAAAGUGAAAGGCAAACGUCUUUCUAGCACCCUCGUCGGAAGAGAGAGAGUUCAAGAGCCGGCGCGACAUGCCCAGAGGUGUGAGCGUGAAACUCGUCUCGGGCGGAGGAUAGACCGACUCCCCAGCUUCCGUCUCUUCGUCCGAUGAGAGCCAGGUGCCUUCGGGCCAUGAUAUGGUAGACAAGUAUUCGGUCUUGCCGCAUAUCAAACCGCCAGCUUUGUCGCGGAGGAUGGAGAGUUGGUCGGGUUCGACUUUGAAAUGAGGGGCGAAGGUGCGGGUUGCGGAGAAGUUGGUGGUGAGCGAGCGGAGGAGGCGGGGGGAGAUGAUUAAGGGGGCGAG